AUGUUCCACUCACAUGGGGGGCCCUAUAGGGCCCCUUCCUUGGAUUAUCUUGACUUCGGCUCGAGAAACAUCGAACUACCUGCUCACGAAACAGGCCAGAGGGUGGCUCAGGUGACAGUCAGAAGGGGACAGGCAUCAGCUGGCCGCGGGGCACCGCCCUCAAGAGGCCCAGGAGCGCACGCCCAGCCUGACAGCAACAAUACUGUGCAUAAUCUUUUGGAGGAUCUACUAGUUCGCGGCCUUCCGGUAACACUAGGGGUGCAUCCAGGGUCUCCCGAAGGACCGUCGCUUGGCCUUAAGCAGGAAGGCGUUGUGCUGUAUUUGCCCCUGGUGAGAGAGUGCCAGGGGCCCCCAAAGCUGCACGUACACGUAAACCGGAGUGAUGCCCCAGGAAUCCAGCCUCUUCAGGUCUGUCUAUCGAGCUCGACAGUCUCCUUCUGUACAGAGUGGGGAGCAUCCAGCGGCGGGGCUGCACCUGAUGAGACCGCACGACGCCGCAAGCUUGGCGAAGCACUGCCUGCAGGAUACUCCUCGUCGGCAGUGGCGAGCACUGCAAGCCACAUAACAGAGCCCGCAGCAGCCGGCUCUUGUAUUGUCCAGUUAAUAUCUUCUUGCGGGUCUCUCCUUUGCUUUAAAGCUGACCCGAUGGCCCCACUGGAGAAUCAACUUGCCCAUGACGUCCUCUGCAUCUUCAGGGCAUUUGACUUCGAUACCAUAAGGCUGUAUAGCUGCCUCUGUGCUGCUGUAAAGGAGGCACCAGCCCACAGUCAGUUUGAGGAAAUCCUCGAUUCUUUGCCUCUCUUCGCCUUGAAAAAGGGGUGGGAGGAUGGUGUCAGAGAGCGGCAUGCACUUAUCUCCGCCUUCCGCCGGUUUGUGUUUUCGACAAAAGAGAAAGGCCCUGGGAUCGUCUCUGGGAUCGUUUCUGCAGUCGAGUGUCCCAGUGAAGGUUCUUCGCUGGGCCUUGACACCACUGUCCCUUCCGAAGCAACCGUUGCCGGUGCUUCUGCGUGCGGGGAAGCAGCGGAGCGCUGCGCAAAGACGAGGCAAGACAAGCUCAACAUUAUUCACCACUUACUCGAAGGGGAGAAGGCCUUGGCAGGAGGCCCGGCACACCACUGUGCCUCACGGAGCCCUCAAAAAACAAAAGCCCUUAACCCACACGCGGCCCCGUUUGUUCCAAGAGCUCCCUUUUCAGCAUCAGCGAAUCCCUGGGGAUCGGCGGCCCACAAACCUACCCUAGGUGCGGAGUGUCCCGUUGAGGGUUCCUCGGCAGCAGCAGCAGUAGCAGCAGCGGACACCCCACGAAUGCCAGCAGAACCAAACAAAGCAGCUGCAAUAACCGCAGCUAAUGACCCUAGUCUUAUACAGCACUUCGAUGCAUUCAAGGAUUCUCGACUGGCUCGCCAAGGUGCGUUUUCUCCUGUGCAAGAGGAGGGAAAUAGACCACAGCCACCGCUCCAGCAGGGGGUGAAGGAGUCUCAACAGCAGCAGCACGUACUCCAGAGCACACCAUGGAAGCGCCGGCCGCAUUCAGCCCCUUCAAGGAGUGCUGGGUCGGCGGCAUCAGCUGCAAAAGCCUUUCCCAGGAAGUGUCAAUACACUUUAUCUGCUAUGCUAGGGCAGUUGCCCCUUGUGUCCCGAGGCCUGCUAACUACGACAUUUUCUGCGCGCCUCCCCCACCACCUCAUCCUCGUCGAGAAGGGGAUUCUCUACACCAUCGACGAUUUUCUCAGCAGCAGCCAAAGAGGGGGCAGCCACCCGGCUGUUCAGGAGGCUCCUGGGAUGGGUUCCCGAAUGCUGGACCCCUUCUGCCUCUCCCCAGGACAGCACCGUCUGGGCCCCCUCUCCUACCCACCCCAAGAGGCCCCCCAAUCGCCGCGGUGCCCUUUCAGAAACUCGACCAGCGUGGAUUGCUCACUGGCUACUGGGGCCCUAGUGGACCAGGGCCCACAGGAGCAACAAUCCAUACUGGAGUCCCUUGGAUCCCAGGGUCCCCUAGGACUUUAG